UCACCGCCAGACCUCACGACGGCGACAAGCUAUAUACCAUGAUGCGAAAGGACCGGCGCCGGAAGUUUAAGCUGGCUAGGAAUACAUUGCUACAUGACUACUUACCCGAAAGCUAGGUGGCGUUGACAACAUAAGUUAUAGUCAUGGCUACUGGAGCUGACGUGAGGGACAUUCUGGAAUUGACAGGAGGGGACAAUGAUGCUCCCAUCAGUAAGAAGGAUUUCAUCAACUCGGAAAAGAAAAAAGCCAAGAAGACAACAGAAGCGCUGACCUUCAAGAGACCAGAGGGAAUGCACCGGGAGGUCUAUGCGCUGCUCUACUCAGAUAAAAAAGAUGCGCCGCCUCUGUUGCCUAGCGAUACAACUCAGGGCUACAGGACCGUCAAGGCCAAGUUGGGCUGUAAAAAGGUGCGUCCCUGGAAGUGGAUGCCCUUCACCAAUCCUGCCCGCAAAGAUGGAGCCAUAUUCCAUCACUGGAGACGCACAGCCGAGGAGGGCAAAGACUAUCCUUUUGCACGCUUCAACAAGACGGUGCAGGUGCCGGUGUACUCGGAGCAGGAGUAUCAGUUGUAUCUCCAUGACGACGGCUGGACCAAAGCGGAGACGGACCACCUCUUUGACCUGUGCAAGCGCUUCGACCUGCGCUUCGUGGUGGUCCACGACCGCUACGACCACCAGCAGUACAGGAAGCGCUCAGUGGAAGACCUGAAAGAGCGAUACUAUUGCAUUUGCGGCAAGCUGAUGAAGGUGCGCGCAGCAUCGGGGGCGGAGCCAAAGAUCUACAUAUUUGACGCUGGCCACGAGAGGCGCAGGAAAGAACAGCUGGAUAAGCUGUUCAACCGCACACCUGAGCAGGUGGCGGAAGAGGAGUAUCUGACCACAGAGCUACGGAAGAUCGAGGGCAGAAAGAAAGAGCGGGAAAAGAAGGCCCAGGAUCUGCAGAAACUCAUCAAGGCCGCAGACACCAACACAGAGUUGAGGCGUGCGGAGAAGCGGGUUUCUAAGAAGAAGCUCCCCCAGAAAAGAGAAACAGAGAAGCCGGCCGUUCCAGAGACAGCAGGCAUCAAAUUCCCAGACUUCAAGUCUGCAGGUGUCACACUCCGCAGCCAGAGGAUGAAGCUGCCUAGCUCUGUAGGGCAGAAGAAGAUUAAAGCCAUUGAGCAGAUCCUGACGGAACAAGGAGUGGACCUCAACCCCAUGACCACGGAGGAGAUCGUGCAGAUGUUCAACGAGCUGCGCAGCGACCUAGUGCUGGUCUACGAGCUGAAGCAGGCGCUCAGCAACUGUGAGUACGAGCAGCAGAUGCUGCGGCAUCGCUACGAGGCCCUGCUGAAGGCUGGCGGCGGCGGCGGCGGCGGCGGCGGCUUCCAGGGGGUCGUGACGGUGUCCACGCCCCAGGCAGCGGAGCCCAACGUGGGCAACAGCGGCAGCGUCACGCCGUGCACUCCCGGAGGAGAUGCCCUGGCCUGGCCCGGCCUCAUGGACGACAUCAAGGUGGAGGCCAAGGAGCAGAUUAUCGACGUGGUGGGCGCGCCGCUCACCCCCAACUCGCGCAAACGGAGAGAGUCGGCCUCCAGCUGCUCUUCGGUGAAGAAGAUGAAGAAACCUUGAUGAUGAAGAUGAAAGCGCCUCCACACACACACACACACACACACACCGAGUGGGAUGACGUGUCACCCGUUUUCAUCACUGGCUUAAUGUCCCCCAUGGCCUCCUGCGCGGACACACAGCUAUAUCCACUCCUCUAAGUAACUAACUAACUAACUGGGCUCGCUCCAUACAAGCAACACACACACACACACACACACACACACACACACACACACACACACACACACACACACACACACACACACACACACACACAAGGGGGCACAGGGGUGGACACACACAUGGUGUCACCCACACGCUAUGGAGACAAAGGCUACAACUGAGUGACAUUCCAUUUCAUUACCCCUCCUCGUGGGGCCCUCGGUCGGCACUCUGGCCCCUCAGAUGAGGCCCAGAUCAACUGUAAAUUGCCCGGCCAAGCUAAUAGGGCCACGGGGACGGAGUGGGAGAACCGGCUGGGGUAAUUGAAAUGAAUUGAAAUGAAAAGCAGGAAGUGUGUGUGUGGGAGAGCGAGGAGAUCCUUAAGCUAUCGGUUUAGUUCAGAGGGUUUUCUUUUUAGGGUAAUCAUGCCAUGCUGUUUACAGGCGGCCGGGCUGACUUUUCUGUUUAAGCCGUGCUACCUUCAAGCUGGCGUCUCAUCUUGACAUCUCUCUCUCUCUCUCUCUCUCUCCCCCUCUCUCUCUCUCUCUCUCUCUCUCUCUCUCUCUCUCUGUCUCUCUCUCUCUCUCUCUCUCUCUCUCUCUCUCUGUCUCUUCCCCCACCUCUUUCUUUGUUGAUGUGACCAUUUUGUUUCUGUGUGAUGCAUUUGUUUUUGUAAAGGAAAUGAGGCCCAGAGUUCGCUUGAGGCCUGUGUCCUCAAGCAACCUUGAAGAAGCCUUUUUCAAACAUUUAAUAAACCUUGUGUUUUUUUUCUACA